CCUGCAUGAGUGAACAAGUGAGUCCUGCAGUGCCAACAUGAAUGGAUUUUUAUUUUUCCUGUUUAUUAUGACGCUUGCCACUUCCGGCAAUUGUGCGGUGUAUACGUGUGAUUCAAGGAAACCAUGCGUGCUUAAGGAUGUGGUUCUGGAAUCGGAAUUCGACUUAAAUUUGGCAGUGUUCCCGGAUGUUAAUGACCCACUGACCAUCGCGUCCGGUAAGAUUCCACACUUCACCCGUGGGUUGGCGGAAAAACUGUCGAAGAUUGUCGAUUUGACCAUGAAUGGUGUGCAGUGUGAAACACUCUUCAUUGCACCGGAAAUGGUUCAUGUUGAGGCAAAAAAUAAUAUCAUCCACACGUUACUGGUGGAUAACGACGUGAGGCGGAAGUAUGAAUUGUUAUCACUCAACCUCACUUCCAAUCGUUUGACCGACGUAGCGGUUUUGCAACGGUUCACAAAGCUAAGAGUGUUGAACAUCAACGAAAAUAAACUAGAUCGUCUUUCGACGGACACAUUCGCGGAGAUGAAAGAACUGCGGCAUGUUUCGUUGGCCAAUAACUAUCUUCAAUCAAUCGAGACGGAUAGAAGUUUUCAACUGCUUAAACUACGCUAUUUAUCACUAGCCAAAAAUAAAUUAACUGAACUAAACAUAGAAAAGUGGGAUCUACCGUCCCUCGAGGAGCUGGAUCUAAGUGGAAAUAAUUUCUACCUAAUGAGUGGUGGUUUACAGCAAUUCAACAAACUGCAGGCGGUUCGCGUCUCCGGAAAUUACUGGAAAUGUGAGUAUUGGUUAAGCAUGCUUCAAUCUUCGAAAGCGCAAUUCGACACCGACCGGAUUGGCCGAUGCAGCGAAGAAGGCUUGCUUGAGGAACGAAACGUUUGCUGCCAACUGGAUGCUUCCAACUUUUUGGGCGGAUCCUACGACUUUGGUAUGUUGAACGAGAAAUGGGAGGAGCUUCGUGUGUUGCAAGAGACCGUUAAAAAGUUGAGUGAUUCAUUGGCUAGUUAUAAGGAACAAACUAAUAGUGAAUGGACUUCCCGGACCACUAAUCUAGAGGACCGUCUCCGUCUAAUCGAGAAUGAACAGAGAAAUUUGAUGAAAAGACUGGAAGAAAAAGAAUCACAAGUGGCUUUAGAUGAAACCGAAAAGCUUAAAACUGUGGUCACAGAUCAUAAAAGCUCGAUCACAAAUUUAGAAGAAAAACAAUCGGAACUAAGUUCCGAGUUGGAAAGUUUUGUCGAACGUCUGAAUGAGAUACGAGAAUCUGUGACCGAAGAGUCUUCUACCAUGGCGAGCUUCAGGGAUAAAGUCGAAGUGCUGGAACGAGCUCUGGAAAGUUUGCACUCUUCACAGUCCGCAGCGAAUGAUAUAACUCGACUUGUGGGAGCAGUUAGGCAACUGGAGGGUCAACAGUUGAAAAACCACCUAUCUAGUGUUGAUUUGAAAAAUCAAAUUAAAACCGAACGAGAACGUAUCGAGGCUUUCCACAAACAUUUUGCUGAGUUGGAAAGAGUGAACCAACUAUUGCGGAACGAAGUCAGUGUAGUGCAUGAAAACGUACGAAUUGCUUUCAAGAUCCUUGAUGAAAUUUCGCUUAUUGAUGAGUGAUUUACGAAAUAAAAUACUUUAGUUA